AUGCCUAGCAUGUGGCUCACAGAAAACCAGAAGACCGGAGUGAUCUUCUGCUCAGCAGGAGGAUUAUUCCUCUUUGGAGGAGUGUUGAUGUUCUUUGACCGAUCACUACUUGCUAUGGGAAAUAUCCUUUUCCUUAUCGGACUGACCCUCAUUAUUGGCGUCCAAAAAACAAUGGUUUUCUUCACUCGCCCUCAGAAACUCAAGGGAACAGCCGCCUUCGCUGCCGGUAUCCUGCUCAUCCUCUUCCGCUGGCCAUUGACCGGCUUUUUGAUCGAAUUGUACGGGCUAUUCAUUCUCUUCGGAGAUUUCCUCGUUACCAUUGGUCAAUUCGCUGGUAAUAUCCCUGUGAUCGGACCUUAUAUCCAACGUGGGCUGGAGGUUCUUGCGGGUGGGAGGAGCAAUGCCGAAUUGCCCGUAUAA